UGACCUCACGUUGGCCAGGCUUUUGUAGCCAUUUACCUCGCUCCAUUGCUGUGGCGGCCGCGCUACCUCCCAAGUCCGCGAGGCAUUUAAGCAGCUGUUAAAGCGAAAUCGAGCCUGUCACUGAGGGUCCACAUCACUCACCGGAGAAGAUGCGGGCGCCCAUUCCAGAGCCCAAGCCUGGAGACCUGAUUGAGAUUUUCCGCCCUUUCUACAGACACUGGGCCAUCUACGUUGGCGAUGGAUAUGUGAUCCACCUGGCCCCCCCAAGUGAAAUUGCGGGAGCUGGUGCGGCCAGCAUCAUGUCCGCACUGACUGACAAGGCCAUGGUGAAGAAGGAACUUCUGUAUGACGUGGCCGGGAGAGACAAGUACCAGGUCAACAACAAGCAUGACGACAAGUACCCACCGCUGCCUCCCAGCAAGAUCAUCCAGCGCGCGGAGGAGCUGGUGGGACAGGAGGUGCUCUACAAGCUGACCAGCGAGAACUGCGAGCACUUUGUGAACGGGCUGCGCUAUGGGGUGGCCCGCAGCGACCAGGUCAGAGAUGUUGUCGUGGCGGCAGGCGUUGCAGGAGUGGGCUUGGCAGCCAUGGGCCUCAUUGGAGUCAUGUUCUCAAGAAACAAGCCACAAAAACAAUAAGUUGAAAGGAGGCAAUGACUUUAUACAUUAAGGGGGUCAUGAUUUGCUAGAAUUUGGGGUUUGGUUUGUGGAUUUCAUUCUGUUUUAUAACAAGGCUAAUUUUCACAGAAUAAAAUAAAGCAAAGGAGGGAGGAUUUUAGUGGGGGAAAUGCAGCAAGAACUGCCUGGUGUGAAGUCUGUUGAGGGAACAGGCUUCCUUCCUGUUGACGACCUCCUGUGAUUUUCCUUCACUUUCUUUUUGAGGACUGUGUUCUUUGCAUUCCGGGAAACGAACAUAAAAUAAACAAAUAUAAAGGGCG